UUUUGUUGUUCAAUGAAUGUAAAUGCUUCAAAACUAGCUUCGUUCACAGUUCACAGUAGUCUGUUUUUUGCUCUCAAACGUAAAGUUUUGGUUAUAACUCGUCGGCAUAGGCCGGCAAUAUUAGUUUUAUGUUAGUAUAGGUUUUUAAUACUGGAUAUCGUCAAACCAUGAAAUAUAUUUUAGUGCUGUCUUUGGGACUUCUCCUUUUGGGAUGGAGCCAGGCGCAAGAAGAAGGCGGCGGCGCGGACCAGCCGACGGCUGACGUCGACCUCGGCGCGUCCCGCGAGGGCUCACGCACAGAUGCGGAGGCGGUGGCGCGCGAGGAGGAAGCCAUCUCGCCCGACGGACUAAGCGUGGCGCAGCUGCGGGAGCUGCGCGAGCGCGCGCAGAACUUCACCUUCCAAACGGAGGUCAACCGUAUGAUGAAGCUCAUCAUCAACUCCCUCUACAGGAACAAGGAGAUAUUCCUGCGCGAGCUGAUCUCGAACGGGUCGGACGCGCUGGACAAGAUCCGGCUGCUGUCGCUGACGGAACGCGACGUGCUGGACUCGAACCCGGAUCUGAGCAUCCGCAUCAAAGCGGAGCCGGACAAGCGGCUGCUGCACAUCACCGACUCCGGCGUGGGCAUGACGCGCCACGAGCUCGUGAACAACCUGGGCACCAUCGCCAAGUCUGGCACCGCAGACUUCCUCUCCAGGAUGCAGGACUCGGAAAAGACGAACUCGCAGGAGAUGAACGACAUGAUCGGUCAGUUCGGCGUCGGCUUCUACUCGGCGUUCCUGGUCGCCGACAAAGUGACGGUCGUGUCCAAACACAACAACGACACGCAGCACGUCUGGGAGUCAGACGCCAGCGCCUUCAGCGUCGCCCCCGACCCGCGCGGCGACACGCUGCGUCGCGGCACCCACAUCACGCUGCACAUGAAGGAGGAGGCGGCCGACUACCUGCAGCCGGACACCAUCCGCGCCCUCGUCAAGAAGUACUCGCAGUUCAUCAACUUCCCCAUCUACCUGUGGGCGUCGCGCACCGAGACCGUGCAGGAGACCGACACCGACACCGACAAGCCCGAGACCGACGCCGAUGAUGACGCACAGGUGGAGGACGCGGCGGAGGAGAAGAGCGAGCCGAAGAAGACGGAGAAGACGGUGUGGGCGUGGGAGCUGAUGAACGACAACAAGCCCAUCUGGACGCGCAAGCCCAGCGAGGUGGCCGACGAGGAGUACGCGCAGUUCUACCGCAGCCUCACCAAGGACUCGGCCGCGCCGCUCGCCAAGGCGCACUUCGUGGCGGAGGGCGAGGUGACGUUCCGCGCGCUGCUGUACGUCCCCCGAGUGCAGCCCGCGGACAGCUUCAACCGCUACGGCACCAAGACUGACCACAUCAAGUUGUAUGUGCGCCGCGUCUUCAUCACCGACGAGUUCAACGACCUCAUGCCCAACUACCUCGCCUUCAUACAGGGCAUCGUGGACUCGGACGACCUGCCGCUGAACGUGAGCCGCGAGACGCUGCAGCAGCACAAGCUCAUCAAGAUCAUCAAGAAGAAGCUGGUCCGCAAGGCGCUCGACAUGCUCAAGAAGAUCCCCGACGACGAGUACGAGCACUUCUGGAAGGAGUACUCCACCAACAUCAAGCUGGGCGUGAUGGAGGACCCCAGCAACAGGUCGCGGCUGGCCAAGCUGCUGCGCUUCCACUCGUCUCGCGGCGCGGAGAUGACGUUCCUGUCGGAGUACGUGGAGCGCAUGAAGCCGCAGCAGAGCCACAUCUACUACAUCGCGGGCUCCAGCCGCGCCGAGGUGGAGCGCUCGCCCUUCGCCGAGCGCCUCGUGCGCGCCGGCUACGAGGUCCUCUACCUCACCGAGGCCGUCGACGAGUACUGCCUCUCCUCGCUGCCGGAGUACGACGGCCACAAGUUCCAGAACAUCGCCAAGGAGAUCUUCGACCUGGAUGAGAACGAGAGGCAGCAGUCCGCGCACGAGGCGGCGCGCACUCGCCUGGAGCCGCUCACUCGCUGGCUGGGAGACAAGCUCGGCGCCUGGAUCACUCGCGCCGCGGUCUCCCGCCGCCUGGCGCGCUCCCCCGCAGCGCUCGUCGCCACCGUCUUCGGCUGGACCGGCAACAUGGAGCGCCUCGCGCUCUCCAACGCCCACCAGAAGGCGGACGACGCGCAGCGCAAGCACCACCUGUCGCAGAAGAAGAUGCUGGAGAUCAACCCGCGACACCCCGUCAUCCUGGAGCUGCUGCGGCGCGUGCAGGAGGACCCCGAGGAGCCGGCGUUGCUGCGCGCCGCUCACACGCUGUACCGCACUGCUGCGCUGCGCUCCGGGUACAUGCUGCAGGAGGGACAGGCCGUGGAGUUCGCGGAGACCGUGGAGACCAUGCUGCAGACCUCCCUCGGCCUGCCGCCUGACGCCGCGCCGGAGGAGGAGGACUUCGACGUCGACGCCGACGCCGACGCCGCGGAGGCCGAGCCCGCGGACGAGCACGACGAGCUGUAGUCGCCUCGCGCAUUCCUUCUUUAGUUAAUUAAAUAAUGAUGUUAGCGGCGGCUCGCUCUAGCGUUCAGUUACAGCGGAGCUCCGUAAAGACUGUCGUUUUUUAUAUUUGUUGUAAGUUCACGCGUACCGACUUAUUUAGUGUAAAUAAAUAU